CAAAGGAUUGAAAACACUGAGAAAAUUACAAGACCUGAAGCCUCAUAGAAAGUGAAAUUUCCAAUAUUUUGACAGCGUUUUUUGUAUGUUAUGUUGUUAAUUCGAAGUUUGAAUCGGAUUUUAUAAUAAUUAAGCUCUUUCAGUCUUGUUUGAGACUCGUCAACAACAAUAAAAUUAUUGCACAACAAUUAUCAUUUUAACCAAGUAAGUGAAUAUCGAUAUCGAUAGAAUUAUGGAAUAUUUUAGAUAUGGAUUUGAAAUCAAUUAACAAGGCCUGUCUUUUUAUAACAAAGGAUCAAAAACACUGAGAAAAUUAUAAGACCUGGUAUAAAGUGAAAGGUCCCAAUAUUUUCUACGAUAGAGACCUCAAAAUAAUUGCAAAUCUUUACUGGAACCAAUAAACUAUACAAAUUAAGGUAGAUCAUAAAACUAUUGUACAGAAAUUAUUAUUUUAACCUAGUAAGUAAAUAUCUUAUAUACUUAGGUAAUCGAUACAAUUGAUGUGGCAUAUUUUUAGCUAUGGAUUUGAAAUACUCAUCGAAUUUGACGAUAACGCAGUGUUUCUCCCAAGACGUACCACCAAAAUGAUUGGAUCAUAUUAAGCAGUUUAUUGAUGAAAAAUAUUCGCUUUUUGAAAUCGUUGUCUUAAAAAAUGUAUGUUUUUAAUAAAAAAACGAGGCCUCUUUCCCAUCAAACGUUGGUUCCAACCAAGGAUAAUACACACUACUACUACAGGAUAGCCUAUCCUCAUAAGGCCUGUGUGGAACAAAUCCACUCUCUCCCCAACGUUAAAUCACCAGUUGUGACGUAAGCAGCAUGUUAUUUCUCGCCUUGACGUAGGUUGUUUAAACAGCUGAUGGCUUAGUUAUGGCGUCGUAAAUGGUAACACACGAGGUCAAUAAGCAAUCCUGUAGGUGUGUUUCAUCCUUGAGUUCGAACACCCUCUACCAGGUACAACAUGAAGCUAGCUGCUGGACCCUCAUAGUUACGUCACCACCACAGCAUCCUGUUAUAAGACACAUCGAACUUGUCACAUGUACGCUAGAUGGUGCCACCGACACAAACUGACGUAACCCACGAGACCCAGGUCGAACCAUGAAUCGAACUUUGCACUAUGUACUCUAGAUGGUGCCAAGGACGUGACCCAGGUCGCUAUGACGUCAUCACAGAACCCGAACCAUGAAUCGAACUUUGCACUAUGUACUCUAAAUGGCGCCACAGACGUGACCCAGGUCGCUAUGACGUCAUCACAGAACGCGAACCCUGAAUCAAACUUUGCACUAUGUAGUCUAAAUGACUCCACGGACGUGACCCAGGUCGCUAUGACGUCAUCACAGAACGCGAACCCUGAAUCAAACUUUGCACUAUGUACUCUAAAUGACUCCACGGACGUGACCCAGGGCGCUAUGACGUCAUCACAGAACCCGAAACGACUCAAAACUCCCGCUAUGACGUCAUGACGUUUGACAGGUGACGUUUGACAGGUGACGGUUGACAAAAUGGCGGGAAAACAUUUCCCCCCACCCCUUUUUCUGGUACCCAUAUUAAAAUCCGGGGGCCCCUUUUUGGGGGGCGCAGCCCUGCGGGCCCCCUUUUUGGGGGGCGGAGCCCUGCGGGAGCAGGUCCCAUGGCGCCAUCUGUCAACAAGAUGGGGCCAUGGCGGCGCAUCCACCUUCGUGUCAACGACGGCGCAUCCACCACGUGUCAAGAAUGAAAGAUUGAGGUUAUGGUCGGAAUUUGGUCCUAGAACCCCCUUUGAUUAUCUACUC